AGCUUUAAACUAUGAUCACAUUUGGUCUAAAGAUAAUACAUAAUGUAGUUGUUACAAAAAAAAAAAAAAAAAGUAAAGAAAAGAAUUGAUCCUAAUGAAUACUUAAAUGGGCCAGUUGUAUUUUUUUUUAACAUAAAUGGGCCUAUAUUCGGCACAUAAUGGACUAUAGGCCCAAAUAAGUUACAAACAGACGGUUUAUUUGGCGCGUUCUUCUUCAUCUGAAAAAAUGUCUCUCAUUCCUCUUUUUUAAUUCCGUUUUGCUCUAUUUGUCAUGGCAACACUUCUUCUAGGUUCCGCCUGAAAUCGUCGCUGAUCGAAGUGUUUCUUCUCGAUUUUGCUCCCACUGUAAUCUCUUUGAAACAAUGAAGCGGAUUGGAGAUGAAAUUGACGGUUCUGGGUCACAAGUUAAACCUCCAUUGGGCUCCCCUCCAAACGAAUCAUGUGGGCAAUCUCCAGUACCUGGAAACGGUGACAACAGAGGAGGGAUCAUUGGGGACAGGGGAGUUAACACUCAGAGAUUGAGCACAGAUGAUGCUUUGACCUACUUAAUGGAAGUAAAGAGGACGUUUCAAGAUCAAAGGGACAAAUAUGAUAUGUUCCUUGAGGUUAUGAACGACUUUAAAGAGCAAAGGAUCCAUACUUCUGGUUUGAUUGCACGAGUGAAGGAGCUACUUAAGGGUCAUAACAAUUUGAUUCUCGGGUUUAAUACCUUUUUGCCUAAGGGGUAUGAAAUAACUCUUGAUAAUGAGGAUUGAGGAACAAGAAGCUAAGUUCCUUCACUACAAGAGACUAUUGCAUUAUGAAUCAGACUGAAAUAUCAAAUUGGUUCUCAUUAAGGGUACAUGGUUUUACACAAAUGGUUGUGACAUUUAAAUUUAAUCGAGUACGUGUGCUUUGUAUAUACAUUCGAUCCUAAAGUUCGACUUUUUCUGUCUUCUAAGCUUUACUACAAGUUAAGCUUGGUCCUUUUUAGUUAUGGAGAAACAGAUUGAGUUACUUCUGCUCAGAAUUAUGAAUGUUUAUUCUCAUAGAUUUAAAAAUCUCUGAAGUCUGACAUGUGAAUUUUAUUCAAAAGAUCAUCAUAGCAGAAGUUUCAAAACAAGUAAAAAAUAGAUAUGAUUGGGCUCUCAUUAAGUAAAAAUUAGUUAUCUUUCAUACUCUGUUUUUCAGAAUAGCGUAUACUGCCAAUUAGGCAAAGUAAUCACAGAGCCAAAGACCAAAACUUUAUCAUUGUUUUUCAAAAAAGAAGCAAAAUUUGAAGAUUCAAACAAUAAAACAAUUGAGAUCAGAGUUUGGUUAUAAAUUCUCAGUCACGGUUAAUCUGAAACACGGACCAAUUUGUUACUCAUCACAUCUCUUAUUUCUAUAAAUCUUUAAGCUCAGAAAAAAAAGAAAAAAGAAAUUAAGAUCAUCAGAGACUUAAAUACUAAGAAUCAUACAGAUUAUCUCCAUCAUAUUGUUGCAGUAUUUGCUCAUCACCUGAUCUUAAUACUGAACAAAAAUCCGAACAAAAAAAAACACGAAAAACCGGAGAAAGAAGAUGUA